ACUUUUUGGAAAGACAUUCCAAAUCUAGUGCCUGUAAACUUACAAAUAAUGCAACACAAAUAACUAACUUUUUGACAAAAAAAACCUUUAAUGUCAGAAGAAAAUUAUGUUAUGGUUUAAACAAUGAAAGAAUGAAAAUUUAUCUUAGAUGUGUAGCAGGAAUAACAUCAUAUGAAGGUAUACCACCAGUUGAAGAUGUUGCAAAAGAAUUAUUUCCCAAAAAAUUUAGAAAAAAUUUUAGUUGGAAUAAAUUGAAUGAGGUAGAAAAAAGAAAAUUGCUAGAUGAAUUAAAAAGUAAAGCAAAAUGGAUUAAUGAUAGUGUAGAUUUUGCAUCAGAAGUACUUCCUGUACAACAUACAGUAUCUUAA